AUGGUAAGUCAUACAUACCUAAACAUCACCAAGUAUCCAAUUGGAAUAGAGUCUCGUGUACGAGACAUCAAUGUGCUUUUAAGUAUUGGAAUGAAUGACACACGCAUGGUAGGAAUCUUUGGAGUUGGUGGAAUUGGUAAGACAACUAUCGCCAAAGCGAUCUAUAACUUGAUUGCUUAUCAAUUUGAAGAUAGUUGUUUUCUUGCAAAUGUUAGAGAAAAUUCAAAGCGAGAGUGUGGUCUAGUCCAAUUGCAAGAGACACUUCUUUCUGAGAUCCUAGGCGACUCAAGUUUCAAGAUUCCCAAUGUUGAUCGAGGAAUCAAUUUCAUAAAGCAAAGGCUUUGCAGUAAAAGGGUUCUUUUAAUUCUUGAUGAUGUGGAUCAGUUGAUCCAAUUAGAAACGUUAUCUGGAGAACUUGAUUGGUUUGGUUUGGGAAGUAGAAUAAUCAUAACAACCAGAGAUGAACAUUUACUAACCAAGCAUAAAGUUGAUUUAUACAAGAUAGAUGAAUGA